AUGUCUGGAGAGGCACCCACUUCAGAUGGCACGACUCGCCAGACAGCAACUCCCAAACCUCGAGGAACUGCGAAACCACGUGCGGGAUAUCAGAGAAAGACGAAAACCGAACGAGAGGAAUAUGCGCGCAAGGAAGCCGAGCGUGCGAAAGAGAGGGAAGCUCAGGAAGCUACACCUGUCGCGAAACCUAGUGCAGGUCGUGGACGAGGAGGAGCAAGAGGCGGCAGGGCUGGCGCUGUCGUCAACAAGAGUGAGCGUACUACAUCGUCUGUAGUUAGUGGUGUCUUUGGCGCCGGCUCAGGAGCACGUCCAGAACGCAGCAGAGCUCAUGUAGAUCUUGGCGUGAGUGAGGCGCUUGAAGGGGGAGAGGCCAUAAACGCUAAACAUGGGAGCGCUUCCCAACCUGGUGUGGUACACGACGUUGUUGAAGGAUCAGGUACUGGAAGAAGUGGCGCAAGUGGCACUGGAAGAGUCAGGGCUAGCAAAGCAUCACACCCGGAAGACGAGAUUACUCGGGUUGAAGAUGAUGUCGAAGACCAGCCGAGACGUGAUAUUGAGCGCAUCUGGAUCUCGAGCGAAGAGGACGAAGAUGUCGUGUUGAAGAGAAAGGGCAAGCAGAGACGGUUGAGUAGCAAAACCUCCAGGCCUUUCACUGGUCUACGGCCUGUGAGAGCUGCAAGAGCAUUGCCGGAAGAGCAGGAAGAUACCAAAAUGAACAUCGGUGUCGAGAAAGACAUGACUGAUGGGGACCAGAUCGUCGACAUCGAAUCCGAUGAAGUACAGACCGAGGACGUCCCUGAGACAGUGAAACGAAACCCUCCGCCGAGUCCAGAGCUGAGUAAAAAGAUUCCGAGGAAGACAGACCACAAAACUAGAGAACCCCGCAAUCUGGCAGAGACAUUAGAAGAAAAGGCCGAACGGCUCAGGCUACAGGAUGACAUGCAAGGUUUAAGAGACGCGUUUUUACACAAAUCCGACACCGACGAUACAGUCGACAGCAAGGAAGAAGAGGCUGUCUUCGGCCGUACCGACCAUGACAGGAUGUUUCUGUUUCAAUUACCACCACUUGUUCCUCAGCUAUAUGAUCCAGAAACAAGAGAUUUACAAAAGGGCAAUCACAUGGACGUGAAUCCUGUCCAAGUGAAGGCAGAGGACGCUGGGACUGCUCAAGCUGCUGAUGCUGCUCAGAAGAAUGACGAAGCUAUGAAAGCAACGCCUAAGCCUCCAGCAACGAUUUACACGGCUGACUCAACAGCUGAAGAGCGCUUCCCACAAGGUCUUGUAGGCACGUUACGUAUCCACAAGUCUGGGAAAGUGUCGCUGGACUGGGGUGGCACGAAUAUGGAAGUCCGAUAUGGAACCGAAGUCGACUUCUUGCAGGAUGUGGUCUGUAUCGAAGACAACGCAGGCUCCAAUGAGGAAGGCGAGGCUCUUAUUGAGGGACGAGGAAACGCGUACGCCAUGGGUCAGAUUAACCAGAAGAUGAUUCUUGUGCCUGAUUGGGGCAGAUUAUAUACAUAG